AGAAUAUACGUUCAUUCAACGUACGAGCACUUUUGGCUUGAGUGUCGGCUUAGAAGCCGAUUGAUCGAGGAGGCCUGAGCUGAGCCUUUUGUGGUUCACGCCAAUUCUUGUCAGUUAGGCUCAGAUUCUUGUCGUGAACAGAGCUCUCACUGGUUCCUUCGUUGGGCGAACGGGAACUUUUCUCCCUCCCUUCGCUUCGUCUUUUGUACGUCCGUCCGUCCGUCUGUCUGUCCAACUAUCCAUCUAUCCAUAUUCAGUAGAAGUAGUAGUAGGAAUAAUAAUAAUAAGGAGGAAACCAACAAGGAGGGGGCGAAUAAUCCUGGCUUGGAAAGAGAAGAACGGUGCUGGAAGAAGUAAGUGGCUGUGGUGGUGAUGGUAAAGGUGCGGCCGUCGGAGGAAAGCGACCUAGUGCGAACUUGCCGAGAAAUUGGUAGUUCUUGUUAGGACCUUCUUGUAGCCGGAACGUCGGCAGGGACUGGCUGUUCUAUAUUCACCUCCUCCGCCGCAACGACCACUGACUGGAUCAGCGAACCACAUCAACUUAUGCCAUUCCUUCCCGGGGAUGUUGGAAGGUGGAAGCAGAAAGUAGACGACGACGACGACGACAACGAGUGGUUGUACACCAUUCAAGUGCCCUCCAAUACUACUACAAGCUCGAGUACUUCGGUCUCGUCUUGGAUGGUUUCAGUGAGAGUAGUGCUGCAUUUCGGGAAGAUUGUGCCCCACAGGUUAUUUGGUCUCGUGAACGAGCGAACGGCCACGGCCGAAACCAGCGAGGAGCGUCGUCCUAAUUCUGCCAUUUGGCUCGUCCAAAAUGAAGAACUAUUCAACAGUGAACGGAGAAGAGACUGAUUCCCUGAAAUAACCAAAAGAAUAACCAAAAGUCAGGAUCUCCAGCUAAACACAAAUAAGGACCAGAAAGAGAGGGGAAAAAACGCAAGAGGGGAAACAAGGCCAGUGUGUUGUGUGUCUUCAUUUCUCCUUUUUGAGAGGGGUAUCCAAUCGACUCGACCCUAGAGUAAUUGAUCUGGGUGGGCGUGGACGAUCUAGGGCGGCACCAUGAGUGCCAAGCGACACACCACGUUGGGCUUUUCGGAGAGCUUUUUUCUGAGUGGCACAGCCGCAGCCAUCAGUAAAACCAGUGCCGCUCCCAUUGAGCGGGUCAAGCUCUUGCUUCAGAACCAGAAUGAACUCGUCAAACAAGGCAAACUCGCUCAAGGCUUCAGUGGUGUGAAAGACUGUGUUUCCAAAACCCUUCGGAAUGAAGGCGUGCUCAGCUUUUGGCGUGGAAAUUUCGCCAGUGUGAUUCGAUAUUUUCCUCAACAGGCGCUGAAUUUCGGCUUCAAAGACCAGUUCAAGAAGGCGUUCAAGUUCUCCAAAAAUUCCAGCCAUGCUGAGAAAUUCUCCAAAAACAUCCUGAGCGGAGGCUGUGCAGGCUCGGUGUCACUUCUAUUUGUCCAAUCCAUAGACUAUACUCGCACUAGAUUGGCCACCGACGCCCGCAGUGGCGGCCAAAGACAAUUCAACGGAAUCAUCGAUUGCUACAUGAAAACCAUCCAGGCCGAUGGCAUCCGUGGUUUGUACCGUGGUUUCGCCGUCUCCUGUGUUUGUAUCUUCAUCUACCGGGGACUCUACUUCGGUCUCUACGACUCUCUGAAGCCCAUCUUGUUGGGCGAUAACGCCCAAUGGGUGCACACCUUCCUCUUGGGAUGGGGCGUGACCAUUACCUCGGGCCUGGUGGCCUAUCCCAUCGACACCGUGAAAAGGCGGAUGAUGAUGACAUCCGGCGAAAAGGUUAAAUACAACGGCAGUAUAGAUUGCUUUAAGCAGAUAGUGAAGCAUGAAGGUGCCAAGGCCAUGUAUAAGGGUGCUGGUGUGAAUAUCGUCCGAGGCGUGGCGGGGGCGGGGGUCCUAUCCGGGUUCGAUAAAUUCAAGAAGGUCUACAUAGGCUGGCGUUUGAAUGCCCAUCACCACUGACGAUACAGGGUUUUGAGGUAGUCACAUGUGUCAUUCCAGUGCUACAAGUGCUUCAAGUACUUCACCUCAACUAUUACUACUCCAACGUCUGCCUCGGCAAGCAAUUGAUGGAUAACGCGCAAAAUAUCUCGAAAUAUCAACUGGUUAUGGAUGAACACCUCCCAUGAGCAAUGUAUUCAAGUGAACUUAACUAGAAAGAGAAUCCUUAUAUUUUUACACUGUAGACUGAUAAAUACACAGGUACAUUGUAAAGUUUAUCCCAAAAUAAAUAUCUAUUCACUCAA